UGUUGUUAUCGUCAGUAUCAAUAACUACUAUGCUAUUUUACCAAUACAAUAUACAAGACAGUCAACGGCAACGUUCUAGUUACGUUAUGAUUGCUGAACUAUGGAUUCGUGUUUGAACUAAUGUUUAAAUGGCUUGUCUGUGAUAUUAAACCAAUUUGCAUUUUGGUUAUAGUUAAGUCUUUAGUGUUGUAAGAAAUAUAUUCUCUGAGUUUCACUGUUAUUAAACUAAAACACUAAGGUUAACUCAAUAAUACUUCAACCUCUGAAUAGCUGAACUAUGGAGAAUGCUUCUUCAUCUACUAAAAAGUACUUUGAGCAGGCCACAAGUAAAGGAGCAAACUUUUUCGACGAAAUACCAUCGUCAUCAGCCUUAAUGAAAAGUGUUGUUGCCACCAGCAGUGAUGGCAAAGACUCUGGCCUAUUUACAGAAGUUCCUGGAGCAGUAAACGUGCAAACUUCUGCUACAUCUAGCACAGUCACUGGAGAAGUAGGAAACACUGAACUUAACACUGUCUCUUUAUUUAAUAAAGACAAAAAUACUGGAAUUGAUGAAAAGGGCUCAAGUGCAGAAGAGCCAGUUGUUUGUCGCAUUUUUUCCUCGAUUAGGCCUAGUGAUGACUCUAAGAACACUCAAGAAUCAAAGUCUCUGUCUAUUAAUCCUUGUUUCUUUGAUAUGUUGAGUGAUCCUGUUUUAUUAUGUGAUUCACCAUUCUCUGCAGAUGAUAAAAGAACAUCCUAUCAAACAUCAAAACAUUAUGGUACAUCGAGUGAAGGAGAUCUUUUCGGAUUGAAGAUUGAAACAGUAAGUGGGACAGGAGCAGGAGAAUGUGAGCGCAGGCGUGAUGCCUGGAUCCCAUCCGAGCGCACUAGACGUGCACUUAUCACAGCUGCUACAGCCACACCCGGCACCUACACACCUGAGCGAGAGUUGCUGACCAUGCCUGGAGUGUCAGAAGAACAGCUGUCAGAUCCGGUAGGCCAGCUUGUCGCUCACACAUUGGGAGAGGCAGAGCUUGCUCAGCGUAAAGUGCUCACAUCCCACGAUGUCACUCAAGAUGAACGUGGGCUCCGAGAGCUUAUUCAGGAGGAGAGUUACCGAGCUGCAGUAGUUCUGACAGGGAGACUUCUUACCAUAUAUGGACAAGGCAUGGGCAAGACAGGCAUGCCCAGCAAGCACACAGUACAUUCCGUCCAGCUUUGGUUCACCAGACUGUGCCUGUUGGUAAAACUUCGGGAACUGACGAUAGCAGACGUGGAGGCGUCCGUAUGGUGGGAUUGUGACCGACCGGACCUCUACUACCAGUUCUAUCCGGAGCUGUAUGGCGGCCGGCUCGGCACCAUGGUACCAUUCCAGAUGCGACUACUACUGGCAAUGCUGCCCAGCUACUGUGGUCGCCAUACGCAGGCCUUAAACCGCCUCUUCUUCAUUUUAACUACAGUCAACAAGAUUGUGGAGAACCUGUCCAGUGGGCGCAGUGAAGACGGCAGCCAGUUGGAGUUGAGUGCCAGUGACCGAGCAGAAUCUACAAAACUAUGGACGUUUCGACAGAAACGAAUACAUAUCGCUGUAGUCAACGUUGCUUUGGAAAUGAAGGACUACUGCUUGGUGACAGAGGUUAUGAACAGACUGAUGGGGGAGGAGUCGUGUGAGGUGACCAAGCGAAUGUUACAAUCGACUCUGGGCCGAAUCUACCUGCAAUUAGGCGAUGUGCAGGCAGGUGACAGAUGCUUCCAAGCAGCACGAGCCCUGAAUGUACCUACAACAAAAGAUAUGGACUUCCAAGACAAUGUCGAUAGAGGCCUACUUGCAGUGACUGAAAACAACUUCCAGGAGGCAUAUAAGCACUUUGAGAUAGCAUCUCAGAUUGACCCUUCCAAUGUCAUGGUAAUAAACAACUGUGCGGUCUGCCUGCUCUACACCGGACGUCUGAAGGAAGCUAUCAGACUGCUCACAGACACUGUCACCCAGAAUCCUGCCCGAGCCCUACAAGAUUCCCUAGUCCUCAAUUUGUGCACUUUGUAUGAACUGGAAAGCUCUUAUCACAAUGAUAAAAAGCUCAACCUGCUCAAACUUAUCAAUAAGUACAAAGGGGACUCAUUCUCAGUAUCGUCCCUGAAGCUCAUUUGACAACCAGUCUCUCUUUUUACUCUUAAGUAAUUUAUUUUAAUUGUUAUAUAUUCAUAAACUUACAUUUACUGUGCAAUGUAAUUAUUAUUUACUGUAUGUUAACAUCAAAAUUAUCAGGCAAUUUAUAUAAUUUGUAAUAUGUUCAUGAAACAUACAUUUACUGUCAAAAAUUUUCAUUACGUGUACAACGUAAUUAUUAUUUACUGUAUGUUAACGACAAAAUUAUCAGGCAAUUUAUUUCAUUUGUACUAUGUUUAUAAAACAUACAUUUAUUGUCCAAAAUUUUCAAGAUUUGUAUAAUGUAAUUAUUAUUUACUGUAUGUAAACAAUGAGACCAAAUAUCUCUUGAAAUGUACUAUAUGUAUAUUAAGAUGUAAUAAAGAUUUUCCUAACA